CCUUGCCCGGCGCGGGGGUGGGUCCGGCCCUCGCCCCGGCUGCCCCGACGGCCGCGUCCCCCUCGGAGAGGCCGCUCACUUGCCGGCCGCGCUGCCCCAGGGCAAGAGCGAUGCUGCCCCGUCUGGUGCCCCGGCAGCCUCUGCGGCUCUUCCGAUGGCAGGCGGCGUGCGCUCUGGGAGCCUCUGUGCAGCGCAGGACAUGGGCAUCCAGGAUCCCCAGACCGCUCGGCCCUUGGGGGGCCGUGGGCAACAGCCCCCCAGUCUGCAGACGCAGCUCCUCCACACCCGCCGGCGGCCCUGAGGUGGCGCUGACGCAGGAGCGCUACCCCGUGAAGCGGCUGCCCUUCUCCGCACCGUCUGAGGCCGACCUGGCCGCCUUUGAACGCAUCAUCCCUGGCAGAGUCGUCACAGACACAGAGGUGCUGGCAGCUUCGAAUGUGGACUGGCUGAGGACGGUCCGAGGUUGUAGCAGAGUGCUGCUGCGGCCCCGGACGUCGGAGGAGGUGGCUCACAUCCUCAGGUACUGUCACGAGAGGAACCUGGCCGUGAACCCACAGGGGGGCAACACAGGCAUGGUGGGGGGCAGCGUGCCCGUCUUUGAUGAGAUCAUCUUGUCCACCGCCCUGAUGAACCAGGUCAUCAGCUUCCACAGCGUGUCCGGGACCCUGGUGUGCCAGGCGGGCUGCAUCCUGGAGGAGCUCAGCCAGUACGUGGAGGCGAGGGGCUUCAUCAUGCCCCUGGACCUGGGGGCGAAGGGCAGCUGCCACAUCGGGGGAAAUGUGGCGACCAACGCAGGCGGCCUACGGUUCCUGCGCUACGGCUCGCUUCAUGGGACUGUCCUGGGCCUGGAAGUGGUGCUGGCUGACGGCACCGUCCUGAACUGCCUGAGCGCCCUGCGCAAGGAUAACACGGGCUAUGACCUGAAGCAGCUCUUCAUUGGGUCGGAGGGCACGCUGGGAGUCAUCACGGCCGUGUCCAUCCAGUGUCCUCCCAAGCCCCGGGCGGUCAACGUGGCAUUCCUCGGUUGUCCAGGCUUCGCCGAGGUUCUGCAGACCUUUAGCACCUGCAAGGGGCUGCUGGGUGAGAUCCUGUCCGCGUACGAGUUCAUGGACGCUGAGUGCAUGUGGCUGGUCAGGCACCACCUGCACCUCACCAGCCCAGUGCAAGAAAGUCCAUUCUAUGUUCUCAUCGAGACCUCAGGCUCCAGAGCAGAGCACGAUGCUGAGAAGCUGAAUGACUUCCUGGAGCAGGCCCUGCGCUCCGGCCUGGUGACUGAUGGGACCGUGGCCACGGACCAGAUGAAACUCAAGGCACUGUGGGCCCUGAGAGAAAGGAUCUCGGAGGCGCUGAGCUGGGAUGGCUACGUGUACAAAUAUGACCUCUCCCUGCCCACCGACACACUGUACGACCUCGUGACCGACCUGCGUACCCGCCUCGGCUCCCAGGCCAAGCGCGUGGUGGGCUACGGCCACCUGGGAGACGGGAACUUGCACCUCAAUGUGACGUCUGAGGCCUUCAGCCGGUCGCUGCUGGACGCCCUGGAGCCCUACGUGUACGAGUGGACGGCCAGGCAGCGGGGCAGCGUCAGCGCCGAGCACGGCCUGGGCUUCAAGAAGAAGGACGCCCUCCACUACAGCAAGCCGCCCGCGGCCCUGAGGCUCAUGCAGCAGCUCAAGGCCCUCCUGGACCCCAAGGGCAUCCUGAACCCCUACAAGACACUGCCUGCCCAGGCCUGACGGGGCUUGCAGGCAGGCCUGGGCUCCAUGGGGCUCUGUCCAGGGGCGCGCUCCCCUCCCCUCCCCUCUGCAGGCCAGGAGAUUGCCUCCCGCGCACACCCUGGCUGGGCCCGGCCAGACAGGCAGUUCUGCCCACUCAGGAGACCAGGCUGCAUUCCCGCUGCCUGUGGCCACUGCUGUGGAUGGGGUGAUGGGUGGUCCUGUCACAGGGUCCCCCGCGCUACGAGUCCUCCGCAGCGGUGAUGACCUCCGUGGGACAGCGUGGGGGCCCGCCUGCAGCUCUGACCGGCAGUCUGGGUCAAUGGGGGCUUUGUGCAUGACCAGGGCCAUGUGUGAGUCACGGGCGUGGUCUCGCUCUGGAAGGCGUCAUUUUCCCGAUUUCUGGAAGGUUCAUCCAUUGACAAGACAGUUGUCAGAUGUUG